AUGGACCGUCCGGCCAACAUCCGGAACAUGUCCGUCAUUGCUCACGUCGAUCACGGUAAAUCCACUUUGACCGACUCUUUGGUCCAGCGUGCCGGUAUCAUUUCUGCCGCAAAGGCUGGUGAGGCCCGUUUCACAGACACCCGUCAGGACGAACAGGACCGCUGUAUCACCAUCAAGUCAACGGCCAUCUCCCUCUAUGCUCAUCUGCCCGAUGAGGAAGAUCUUAAGGAUAUCCCCCAGAAAGUGCAGGGUAACGAGUUUUUGAUCAAUUUGAUCGAUUCGCCAGGUCACGUCGACUUCUCAUCUGAGGUCACUGCUGCCCUGCGUGUCACUGACGGAGCCCUCGUUGUCGUUGACUGUGUGUCCGGUGUCUGUGUUCAGACAGAGACGGUUCUCCGGCAAGCUCUUGGUGAACGUAUCAAGCCCGUCUGUAUAAUCAACAAGGUGGACCGUGCCCUGCUUGAAUUGCAAGUUACCAAGGAAGACUUGUACCAGUCCUUCUCGAGGACUAUCGAGUCCGUCAACGUUAUCAUCGCCACCUACUUUGACAAGGCUCUUGGUGAUGUCCAGGUCUACCCUUACAAGGGAACUGUGGCUUUUGGUUCUGGUCUCCACGGCUGGGCUUUCACCGUCCGACAGUUUGCUGUCAAGUAUGCUAAAAAAUUCGGUGUUGACCGGAACAAAAUGAUGGAGCGUCUCUGGGGCGACAACUACUUCAACCCCAAGACUAAGAAGUGGACCAAGAAUGGUGAAUACGAAGGCAAGCCUCUCGAGCGAGCUUUCAAUCAGUUCAUCCUUGACCCCAUCUUCAAGAUCUUCAAUGCCAUCACCCACUCCAAGACAGAGGAGAUCAACGUCCUGCUCGAGAAACUUGAAAUCAAGCUCACUGCUGAGGAGAAGGAGCAAGAAGGCAAGCCGCUGCUCAAGUCCGUGAUGAAGAAGUUUUUGCCUGCCGCCGAUGCCCUUAUGGAAAUGAUGGUCCUCCAUCUCCCAUCUCCGGUCACUGCGCAGAAAUACCGUGCUGAAACCCUCUACGAAGGCCCCCCCGAUGACGAGGCCUGCAUCGGUAUUCGUGACUGUGACCCCAAGGCCCCCCUCAUGUUGUACGUCUCGAAGAUGGUACCGACCUCCGAUAAGGGUCGUUUCUACGCUUUCGGGCGUGUUUUCGCCGGUACCGUCCGCUCCGGCCUCAAGGUCCGCAUCCAGGGUCCCAACUACACCCCUGGUCGCAAGGAGGACCUGUACAUUAAGGCCAUCCAGCGCACCAUUCUUAUGAUGGGUCGUUUCAUCGAACCCAUCGAAGACGUGCCGGCUGGUAACAUCCUCGGCUUGGUUGGUGUCGAUCAGUUCCUGCUCAAGUCCGGUACCCUCACAACCUCCGAGACCGCCCACAACCUCAAGGUCAUGAAGUUCUCUGUAUCCCCCGUCGUCCAACGCUCAGUCGAAGUCAAGAACGCCAACGAUCUUCCUAAACUUGUCGAAGGUCUCAAGCGUCUCUCCAAAUCCGAUCCUUGCGUCCUGACCUACAUCUCCGAGUCCGGUGAGCACGUCGUCGCCGGUGCAGGAGAACUCCAUCUGGAAAUUUGUCUCAAGGAUCUGGAGGAAGACCAUGCUGGUGUCCCUCUCCGCGUCUCUGAUCCUGUCGUCUCCUACCGUGAAACUGUUGGCGACAAGUCAAGCAUAACUGCCCUGUCCAAAUCCCCCAACAAGCAUAACCGUCUCUACGUCACCGCUGAACCUCUCAAUGAGGAAGUCUCCAAGGAUAUUGAGUCCGGCAAAAUCGGACCUAGAGACGAUUUCAAAGCCCGCGCUCGCAUCCUCGCCGAUGAGCAUGGGUGGGAUGUAACUGACGCACGCAAAAUCUGGUGUUUCGGCCCCGACACCACCGGCGCUAACUUGCUUGUCGACCAAACCAAAGCAGUCCAAUACCUGCACGAAAUCAAAGACUCCGUUGUCUCCGGUUUCCAAUGGGCAACGCGCGAGGGUCCCAUUGCAGAAGAACCCAUGCGUUCUGUCCGCUUCAACAUCCUCGAUGUAACCCUGCACGCAGACGCCAUCCAUCGUGGCGGUGGACAAAUCAUUCCCACAGCCCGCCGCGUGUUGUACGCAGCAACCCUCCUCGCAGAUCCAGGAAUCCUCGAACCAGUCUUCUUGGUCGAAAUUCAAGUCCCGGAGCAAGCGAUGGGUGGUAUCUACGGUGUCCUCACCCGACGACGUGGACAUGUAUUUGCUGAAGAGCAGCGUCCCGGCACACCGUUGUUCAAUGUCAAGGCUUACUUGCCUGUUAACGAGUCAUUCGGUUUCACAGCUGAUCUUCGUGGUGCAACAGGUGGACAGGCAUUCCCACAGUCUGUAUUUGAUCAUUGGCAGAUUUUGCCAGGCGGUUCGCCGUUGGAUGUGACUACGAGACCCGGACAAGUUGUCACGGAGAUGCGGAAACGGAAGGGUAUUAAGGAGGUUGUUCCAGGUGUUGACAAUUAUUACGAUAAGUUGUAA